CCUCGCUCUGGCGCUCCGUGAGUGAGUGAGUGAGUAAGUAAAGCAAAGAGGCAGGCGUGUUUCAACAGAUGGUUUGAGCUGUCCUGAUUCAGCCACCGCCGUUGGUUCACGAGAACUCUCUGACCGACCGCAAGAGUGAGAGAGAGAGAGAGAGGAGUGAGAGAGAAAGAGAGAGAAAGAAAGAGAGGGGAGGGGAGAGAGAGUGUGAGAGAGAGAGAGAGAGAGUGAGAAAAGUAGUCAAGGGAUUUGAAACUGUUCAGAGUGGGACUUUUCUACUCGUUUUUUUUUCUACUCUGCGUUUGUUUUUAAACUCCAGCCCUCUCCUCUCUCCUGCUCACUUCACAGCGGGUUCACUUUAGUGCAUGUCUUUCUCUCUCUCUCCCCACGCGCGCAUGUGUGUUUGUGUGUGCGCGUGUGUGUCCUGCAGUGUUUGGUAUCAGGGCAUGCAAUCUAGUUGCCAGUCCUGCCUGACAGGGAACUCGUGAGAAGAAGAGAGAGAGAGAAAGACAGAGAGAGAGAGAGAGAGAGAGAGAGAGACAGAGAGAGAGAGAGACAGACAGACAGACAGAAAAGGACAGAGUUGGACAGUCCGAGACAGGACACCCCUUGGCCUCCCCCCAACGUCACUGUCACCCAGUGUGUCUCUGGUGCUCGCUCCCUACGUUUCGCGGGACAGGAGCAGGACAGGACAGGAGAGGACAGGACAGGAGAGGACAAGAGAGGAGAGGAGAGGAGAGGAGGGAGGACGAUACGCCACCUGCUCCCUCCUCCUUCCGACCCGCCGCCAGAGGACCUGCAGCUGCACGGGAGGUACACCACGUGUGGGAGCCCCUGCAUUCCUCCGGCGCGUAGAAGAAGCAGAGAGAUCCCUGACACCCGGGCGGACUGCACUGACAGGGAUUUGUUGAGGAACAAAUUGCAGCAGCAUCACAGCAGCUUUCAAGCCAGGGUGCUCUGAAGUCAACUCACCUUAGUCCGUCCCAGGGGCUGUCGCCAUGGCGAGCUGGGGCCUCCCCGCCCGCCUCCUCGUGCUCCUCGGGGUCCUAGCGCUGGCCCAUGCGUCCGCCUUCCUCUCGGGCCAGCGGCUGAAGCCGCGCUUCCAGCGGGACCGCCGCAACAUCCGGCCCAACAUCAUCCUCAUCCUCACAGACGAUCAGGACAUCGAACUGGGCUCCAUGCAGGCGAUGAAUAAGACGCGGCGCAUCAUGGAGCAGGGCGGCACGCACUUCUCCAACGCCUUUGUGACCACGCCCAUGUGCUGCCCGUCGCGCUCCUCCAUGCUGACGGGGAAGUACGCGCACAACCACAAUACCUACACCAACAACGAGAACUGCUCCUCGCCCUCCUGGCAGGCCCAGCACGAGCCCCGCACCUUCGGGGUGUAUCUCAACAACACGGGGUACAGGACAGCUUUCUUUGGGAAGUACCUGAAUGAGUACAAUGGUACAUACGUGCCCCCGGGCUGGAGAGAGUGGGUGGGCAUGGUGAAGAACUCCCGCUUCUACAACUACACGAUCUGCCGCAACGGAGUCCGAGAGAAACACGGCUGUGAAUACCCCAAGGACUACCUGACAGACCUGAUCACAAAUGACAGCAUUAACUACUUCCGGGCGUCUAAGAGGGUGUACCCCCAUCGGCCCAUUCUCAUGGUCAUGAGCCACGCUGCCCCCCAUGGGCCGGAGGAUGCAGCGCCGCAGUACACCACCGCAUUCCCCAAUGCCUCGCAGCACAUCACCCCCAGCUAUAACUACGCGCCCAACCCAGACAAGCACUGGAUCAUGCGCUACACGGGCUCCAUGAAGCCCAUCCACAUGGAGUUCACCAACAUGCUGCAGAGGAAGAGGCUGCAGACGCUGCUCUCCGUGGACGACAGCGUGGAGAAGGUAUACAACAUGCUGGUGGAGACCGGAGAGUUGGACAACACUUACGUCAUAUACACCGCUGAUCACGGCUACCACAUCGGCCAGUUUGGCCUGGUCAAGGGCAAGUCCAUGCCCUACGAGUUUGACAUCAGAGUGCCCUUCUACAUACGAGGCCCUAACGUGGAAGCAGGGACCAUCAACCCCCACAUGGUGCUUAACAUCGACCUGGCGCCCACCAUCUUGGACAUCGCUGGAGUGGACAUUCCGCCCGACAUGGACGGCAAGUCCAUUCUCAAGCUGCUGGACACCGACCGCCAGGCUAACAGGUUCCAGUUCAAGAAGGGCAAAGUGUGGAGAGACUCCUUCCUGGUGGAGCGUGGGAAGCUGCUGCACUAUAAGGUCAACGAAGGGAAAGAUGUGGCGCAGGAAGAGAACUUCCUGCCCAAGUACCAGCGGGUGAAGGACCUGUGCCAGCGAGCAGAGUACCAGACACCCUGCGAACAGAUUGGACAGAAGUGGCAGUGUGUGGAGGACUCCACUGGUAAGCUGAGGCUGUAUAAGUGUAAGGGGAUGAGCGGCUCUUCCACCAUGCGUAAGAACCAGAGUCCAUCCAGCAUGAAGCCUCAGUUGUACCAGCGCAGCAGUAGCACCACCACCACCACCACCACCAUCACCACCAGCAGCAGCACCAGCAGCAGCAGCAGCAGCAGCAGCAGCAGCAGCAGCAGCAGCAGUGUUACCCCACUCGAGGGCUGCGACUGCAGGCUACCCAUCUACAGGCUCAACCCCUUCAAGAAGGGCAAGAUGCUGUCCAGAAAAAAGCUGAAGGCCCUAAAGAGCUACUCCCGAAACCGCUUCGCUCGUGCCGUUACCAUGGAGAUGGGCGGCGACCUGUAUGCAGUCGACCUUGGUGACCUGGACCGAUCCAUGACCCCGAGGAACCGGAGCCAGAACCGAGCCCCAGGAUCCCAGGACGAAGAGGAGGAGUUCAGUGGGAUGGGGGGAGGGACUGUGCCCCCACAGACCAACAGCAACAGCCUUGCAUUGCUUAACUCCAUCAAAGUCACACACAGGUGCUCCAUCUUGGCUAAUGACACAGUGAAGUGUGAUGUUGGGCUGUACAAGUCACUGCAAGCCUGGAAAGACCACAAGCUCCACAUUGACCACGAGAUUGAAACUCUGCAGACAAAGAUCAAGAACCUUCGUGAGGUCAGAGGUCACCUAAAGAAGUCUCGGCCAGAGGAGUGCGACUGCAACAAAUACAUCUAUCAGUCCAAGUUCAAGAGUAAACUCAGGAAGUACAAAGGAGACCGUGUUCAUCCAUUCAGGAAGGCUGAGAAGAAGGAUAAGAAGCAGUGGCUGCUUCAGGAGCAGAAGCGCAGGAAGAAGAUGAGGAAGCUGCUCAAGCGCCUCCGUAACAAUGACACCUGCAGCAUGCCCGGCCUCACCUGCUUCACCCACGACAACCAGCACUGGGCCACAGCCCCCUUCUGGACCAUGGGACCUUUCUGUGCGUGCACCAGCGCCAACAACAACACCUACUGGUGCCUGCGCACCAUCAACGAGACACACAACUUCCUCUUCUGUGAGUUUGCCACCGGCUUCCUGGAGUUCUUCGACCUCAACAUCGACCCGUACCAGCUGAUUAAUGCGGUGAACACUCUGGACCGACAUGUUCUUAACGAGCUGCACAUUCAGCUGAUGGAGCUGCGUGGCUGCAAAGGACACAAGCAGUGCAACCCUCGCACACGCAGCCUGGACCUGGAGGACAGAUUUGGGAGGGCUGGGAGGGUUAACACCCCUAAGGAGUCAGACCCAGCCAAGCCAGACCGGUAUCCCGGGACAUCCAACUGGUCAGAACUUGAACCCAUGUACAAACUUGACGAGCAUGCCUACGAUCUCAAACCCGACUUCAACAUCAGCCUGGAGGACUGGACCAACUUCAGCAGCGCUGUGGACAGGAUGUUUGCGCUGCUCAGCAAUGACAACCAGCCCGACCUCCGGCGCCGCCCACUGGAGCCGGACAUGAUGGGGGAGAAGGGCGGGAGGAGGGGAGGCGGCCACGCCCUGGUCUCCUCCACCAGCCAAUCGGCUUCGGCCAUCUACCUGACCACUCUGGCCACGCCUGCUCUGCUGCUGAGGGAGGCGGGGGCUGGGGCCCUGAGAGAGGCACUGGGACUCAACCGGGCUCCGGGCCCCUCUUCCUCCUCCUCGUCCUCCUCCUCCGCCACUUCCUCCUCUUCCUCGUCCAAUUCUGUCUCCACGACUCCUUUAGAGGAGGAGAGGGGCACCUGGGAGGUCUCCUCCCGCCUCCUGGACCAAUUCCUGGAAGAGAACAAGAAUGCCCUACCCGAGGAGGAGGAAGAGGAGGACGAUGAAGAGGAGGGUGGGGGCGUGGAAGAGGAGCCCCUUAGGAGAAGGACGGGGCGACGGAGGUUCCGCCCCUCCCUCUGUGACUGCAGCGAAUUCCUAAAGGACUCCAGAGAUGGGGGCUCCAUCUGACUUUGAGAGCCACCGACCCCCUCCCAUGCCCCGGCCCACCCCGCAGACAAACACCUUCCCAGCCCUCUUCCUUGACUCUAGCACUGGGUCCCCUGGGCAAAGCCAGGUGGCUUGGAACUCAAACCACCACCACUACCGGCUCCGUCCUCCACCUGCUCCGUCUUGUCCAGCUAUGCCCAGAUCCCAGGGCUGACCCUGUGACCCUUACCCCAUAGCGCAUCUCAAAGCAGUCCAUCUACUGGCCCGGGUACCUCAGAGGUUCCACACUGUAAACUAACAGUAGGAGGCGUAGGCAUGGAACAUAGCACACAUACUGAAUAAGGAAGUAAAAAACACAUAUGAAAUGUUUUGAGUGUUUUAAAUUUUACGGGAUUUCUUUUUUUGGUGGGGAGGGGGGGGGGGGGGGCGGGGGGACACAUAAAGAAAAAUACUUGAUUGAUUUCCAAAUUCAUCAGGUUAUACUAGGAAAGAUUUUAUUUUAUGACCAUGUUAACAUGAUCUUACUCAUUGUCUUUUUAUGAUUAUUUUGGUUUGAUUUUAUAUUAUAGUCAUUUGUGACUGCCAAACCACCCCCACCCCCUUUUCCUAGCACAGCUUCAGUGUUUGUGGCACAUUGAGUUAUCUACGUAUGAGAAAUGCUAUUUUUGAUCUGCAACCUUGUGCGACUUGCACAGUGAAAACACGGUGGCUUUGUUGUAAUUCAACUUGAUUGGUGUGAUCUGUGUGUGUGUGUGUGUGUAUGUGUGUGUUGUAACCAUUGUGACAUAAGUUCAGCCAGUCACAACACACCAAGCUGAACCCCCCCCUACAAAAUCUGGCCAACGCAUUCCAAGUUACACGCACAUACACUCAUACACACACGUGCAGGCCCUAUUUCAUGGGGUGUGUAGGGGAAUGUAUGUUAUAGGAUGUAGAAAUGACCAGUGCCAUCCAUUUACAGUGUUGCAGCUAUUUUUUCCCUCAUCAUAUUUGUUUUUUUUUCUGUUAGUUUUUAGAAAAUGAAAAUGAAAAUUGAAAAAAAAAACAAAAAAAAAACAACAACAAUAUUUUUAGAUGUGUCAUCAUUGUCAAUGUUGUUACCUAAAUGUGCCCGAUGGUUGCCAUUUUGUUCAAGAACAAAUGAAAAAGAAGUUAUUGGACACCAAUCCUAUAUAUACCUUUGCAUUUGAGUGGCUUUCCACAAUUCUACCUACUCCAACACUUUACAGAGUAAAAGGAUCCUCUUACCUUGCCUCUGUCUCAGUGGCCAAACACAGGCCUGGCCCAGCCUGCUUACACUGACUCCAUAUGGCCAAGCAUCACAUUCUGUGACUUGUUUUCUCUCAAACACACACAAUGAAUCACACUGUUCCUCAAUGGGCUCUUACUGGAUUCAGUUUCACAGCCAGAGAAGAGACCUCUCAGUGCAUUGCUUUCAAUCUGUAAAACCCCACCUAGGAACCUGCAGCUUUCCCAUCUUAAUACGAUGAUUUUACAUAAAUCUUUCAUGAUUGCGUGCUAAGCGCUAAUGUAAUUAACACAGUCACACAUUCUGUAAAGAAAAAAUAUCACCGCCACUGGGCCAGUGUUCCUGGUCAAUUAGUCUCUGCUUAACAUGGUGCUAUUACGUCCUGGAAAACAAAUCUAUAUAAAACUUGCUGUAUGUGUUUGAAUGUAUGUUUGCCAUUCAUUUAAAUGUUUCAAAAUAUAUUUUAUAGUCCACAGAACAGAUGGUCCUCUACAGUGAUAUGCUCCAUGCCGUGAGAUGAGAUAAAUUCUUACCCGAUUGAUUUUAUAGCCGCACUAUGAACGCCACCCUCAAACCCUGCCAAUCUGGACUGAACAGAGUUUUGUACAAGAUGGUGUGUCGUUUUGAAUUGUAUGGUCCCUCUGCCUAAUUAAUAUAAAUAACUGAAUGAAUUAAAUAAUUGAGUAACAUGAAGACGAAGAGGAUGGCUGAGAAAGGAACUAAACUUUUCCUCUGCACUUUUAAAGGGACUGCUGUAUAUGAAAGAAGAAUAGAGAUGGGUUUUAACAUAACAAUGACUUGUACAGUUACAUAGAUUUAUCAUUCCUCUAUUUUUGUUUCUUUCGGUUCACCAGUGGACAUUUAAUAGCGGUUAUUAGUUUGUGAAUAAAGUGUUGAAUGCCCAACCACUGCUUUUUA